AAACACGAGAACCCUCUGAACACGCCCUCCCCCACUUAGACCUGAACGCCGCAUUAAUCAGGUCUCUCGUGUGGGCGUGGUCUAAUAUAAAGGGGAGGCGUCGUUUGCGAGGGUGUGUUUGUAAGCGUGCGCGUGUGUUAGAGAGAGAGAGUCCUCCCCUAGCCGCAUGAGAUGACGAGUGCCCUGCAGUCUUUACAGUCACUGUUUUUGCGUUCUCCUCUCAUCCUCUGUCUGUAGCGGUUCACUCCGGAAUGCUCACCAGCGUGUCCUGAUCCAACGCUGUCGUCAGUCCCUUCAUCUCCAGCCUGCCCCGGCUCUCCGUGUCCGUCCGCGUGUGAGGGUCGCAGCCUGCCCGAGGUGCUUUCGCUGUAAGGUUUCGCUCUGAACACCUAAUAUCAAAACCAAUUGCAAAAAAAAUCUGAGAAACGUAAGCCAUGGCUGUGGCCGGAUGUCCGGAUUAUUUCCUGCAUCAUCCCAAUUAUCAGCAGGAAAAUAUAGACCGGUCUUCCAAUCACAGACAGACUGACCUCAUUGGUCCAAGAUUUCAGCAACCGGCUAAUCAGAGUUCUCCUAACCAUCAAGAGGAUGAUGUCGACUUGGAGGCCCUGGUGAAUGAAAUGGACUCUUCACUGGAGAGCCUGUACUCCUCGUGCAGCGGUCCACAGACAGAAUCGACUCCUCUGCUGCACAACGGACAGACCUCUACGUCACACAGCCACCACCAUCAAGCACAUCAACACAACCAGCCACGGCAGGGACAGCACUCACACGGGAUAAGCCACAUCUCCCCAGAGCCGCCCUCCUCGUCCUCAGACUCGCCUCAAACCGGCCUCCGACGGUCACAGCCAAUGCACAUCAAUGCUGUCAGGAGAUUACAGGAGCAGGAGCAGCAGCUGAGGACGUCAUCUCUCCCGGCCAUCCCCAACCCUUUCCCUGAGCUCUGCAGUCCAGCUAGCUCACCUGUCCUCAGUCCUGGGUCUCUACCACCUGGGGAACCUUCCUCGGGCAAAUAUAUUGUGAAGAUCUUCAGUGAAGACGGCAUGGGUAAAGUCGUGGAGAUCCCAGCCAACAUGACAGCCAGGGACCUGUGCCAGCUCCUGGUUUAUAAAAGCCAUUGUGUGGAUGACAACAGUUGGGCACUUGUUGAACACCACCCACUGCUAGGGCUAGAGCGCUGUCUAGAAGACCAUGAGCUGGUGGUUCAGGUCCAGGCCUCCAUGAACAGCGACGGUAGAUUCCUCUUCAGGAAGAACUAUGCCAAAUAUGAAUUCUUCAGAAACCCCCUGACGUUUUUCCCAGAGCACAUGGUCGCGUGGUGCCAGGAAACUAAUCAUGCAAUUCUACCAUCUCAGCUCCUUCAGAACUUCCUAGCCACCAACAGCUGUCCAGAAAUCCAGGGGCAUCUGUACAUGAAGGAGGUGGGAAGGAAAUCAUGGAAGAAGGUUUACAUGUUUCUGCGGCGCUCAGGGCUCUACUGUUCUACAAAAGGAACCUCAAAGGAGCCCAGACAUCUACAGUUACUAGCAGACCUCGAGGACAGCAACAUCUUCACUGUCAUCACAGGCAAGAAGCAGCACGGCGCACCCACAGACUACGGGUUCUGCAUCAAGCCUAAUAAAAGCAGAGGGGAUAUGAAGGAGCUGAGAAUGCUGUGUGCAGAGGACGAACAGAGCAGAAGCUGUUGGAUGACUGCUUUUCGAAUCUUUAAGUAUGGGAUUGUAUUGUACCAGAAUUACAAGAUUCCUCAACAAAGGAAAACUUUACUUUCACACUUUUCAGCUCCUGUGAGGAGCGUAUCAGAGAACUCCCUCGUGGCAAUGGAUUUCUCAGGGAGGAUAGGCAGAGUGAUUGACAACCCGGUCGAAGCUCAGAGUGCUGCCAUGGAGGAGGGGCACGCGUGGCGGAAGAGGACUCAACGAAUGAACAUACUGGGGUCCCACAGUCCAUUACACCACUCCUCACUAAGCUCAGUCAUCCACAUAGCUCAGCUCUGGUUCCAUGGCAGGAUAACCAGAGAAGAGUCCCAUCGCAUUAUCCACCAGCAGGGACAAGUAGAUGGGUUGUUUCUGCUGAGAGUCAGUCAGAGUAAUCCCAAGGCGUUUGUGCUCACAUUGUGCCAUCACCAGAAAAUCAAGCAUUUCCAGAUCCUACCGUGUGAAGAGGAUGGCCAAGGCUUCUUCAGCCUUGAUGACGGCGCCACCAAGUUCACCGACCUGAUUCAGCUGGUGGAGUUCUACCAGCUCAACAGAGGAGUGCUGCCUUGCAAACUCAAACACCCGUGCACCGUCGUGGCCUUAUGACACCUUCGGAUCACAUGACCCCGCCCCCCAACACUUGACCUGACUCUGCCUAAAAUGAAAAGAAUCUCCCCGUUGAUCGUUUCUUUUUGUUUUUAUCUUUGUAAGAAGCUGGUGAAUUGACUGACGUUGUUGUUGUUGUUACACUUGUUUUUAUAUUGUUGUGAGUUCGCUGGAGACUGCUGAUAUUUUUUUUUGGGGGGGGGGGGGGGGGGGGAUUUCGUUUCAUCUGCAUGGAGGUUCGAGGAGUCUGAUGCACAACUUGACUCCAGAGGCUCGCAGUUUUAAGAGAAGAUGAAAGAAAUGAACACUGCCAUUUGUGUCGAUGCUGUUGCAGAAUCUUCCACAUUAAUCCUACCAAUAGUCACCAGAAAAGCGUGGACCCUCGAGGUUUUACCACGCAGCUCAAAUUUGGGCACCGUUCCCCUUCAACUGGACAAUCAGCAGGAGAAUUGAAGCUUUCAUGCGGACCACUCUGCUCUUUAAGGACAAACGAGUCUCGCUCAUUUUUAUCACACGUCCUCAGAAUGAAUUAAGAGUUUGUCUCUUAGUUUUGUACUCGUUGAAGUGGGCAUGGCAUUGGAUAGCGCAUGAUCUCUCAAGUGGCACAUUACUUAACUGUGAGGUGGUGCCAUCGCCCUCUAGUGUCAUAAGAAUGCAUGGACAUUUUGAGGCACCAGGGUUUCUAUUUUUUAAUCCCAUUGAAUUUUGCAAAAAUUAAAAGUUAUUGAAACAAAGCUUUUGGUAUAAGUACAAAAUCUUUUCCCACACACUCAGCUUCAGUUAUUAUCAUUACUAAAGACAAAAUACACCUUUUUGCAUCCUGGAUUUUAACAGCUCUUGAUUUUCACAUAAGCUUUUUAUCUAUCCUACCUGCAAUUCAGUUUUCCAAGAUAUUCUUAAAGCAACUUCCACAAAAACAAAACAAGUAUAACUAGAAGAGUAAGUUUUGGUCAAAUUAAAUUUAGGCCCAGUUGAAAAUUUUUUUUUACUACUGCAGCUGUAUGCAGGACGGUAUCAGUUCUUCAUUUCUCUUUGCCACAGCACAGGGAAGGAAAACCACUAGCAUUUCCUCUAGAGGUUUUAUGCAGUAACUACCAACACAUCAAAGGAAAUGUGGUCCGUUUUUAAAAAAAUAAAAAAUUCCCCCCAGAGAUGCAGACGAUCCUGUGGGGAGCCUCCAUCCCACAGUGACACUCCUUUGCUCCAUAAAUGACCUCAUAGCUGCUGUAAAACAAACAUGUGGCAAUGAAAACAGUUUGGCGUGCUCUGACAUUAAUGGCAGACUCUGUGCAUUACUUCUCACAUAAUGUUGCCUUUUUUUUUUUUCUUUCUACCUGGAACUACUUGUACCAAAACACACAGUCACACAUACAUUUACAGCCCACCUUUUUACAAUCAGGAAAGACCUUUCACAAAAGUACACCAUCAGAACAUUCAACAGUGAUACCUGUAUCACCGCCUUCUCGUUUUUCCUAUCCCGGCCUUGUUACUCUUUCUUCAGCCUGCUCUUCGAUAAAGUGAACAUACUCAGUAAGCAGAGAGGGAAAACUGGAAAUAUUACUAAAUAUGUAAUGUGUGUUUGAGUGACAACAAUAGGAGCAUCAGACUGAGAACAGCAGGUGUACAGCUCAUACAGUUGGUCUGGAAGCAGUUGUGACUACCUUUUGUCCCAUACAACACAAUUUGAAUAAUAAAAAUAAAUACAUUUUUUGGCUGAAAACUUGUCCACGAUGGAGCUCCUAGAAUCACCUGUUUCAGUUUGGUGUCUCCAUAUAGAUCAGCUUUCUGUUUGGAUAGACGGGAACACGGUUUUACUCGUACACUCCCGCUAUAGAUGACACACAACGGGCAUCUCAAAGAUAUACUGGACAUAAAUGUUGGAGGCUCUCGCUUUCCUCCACUUAAGUAGGUUCAGAAUCAACAAUCUCUGCAGAGUGUUUAUAUUUUUUUUUCCUGCCAUUUUUACAUCAACAGCCAUCUAUUAUUUGCCAGCAGGUUGUCUUAAGGUAUUGUAGAAGUGAGAUGCAGAAUAGCAGCGCUAUGUUGACACUCUGUGUGUUCACCGUUAUUUAUGCAAGAUGCAAUGGCUUUUUUUUUUUGUUUUGUUUUUAUUGUUGCAGCAA